GAGGCGAGGAGCUGAAACCCGAGCUCCCACUCAGCUGGAGCUUGGGGAGGUCCCUGGACGCCGCCUCUCCCUGCCACAGUCCCUCAGCCGCCACCACCGCGGGAGCGAUGGAGCUGGACCGCUGGACUCAGCUGGGGCUCGUGCUCCUGCAGCUUCUUCUCAUCUCCUCCCUGCCAAGAGAAUACACAGUCAUUAAUGAAGCCUGCCCUGGAGCCGAGUGGAAUAUUAUGUGUCGGGAGUGUUGUGAAUAUGAUCAGAUUGAAUGUGUCUGCCCUGGCAAGAAAGAAGUCGUGGGUUACACCAUCCCUUGCUGCAGGAAUGAGGACAAUGAGUGCGACUCCUGUCUGAUUCACCCAGGUUGUACCAUCUUUGAGAACUGCAAGAGCUGCCGCAAUGGCUCAUGGGGUGGGACCCUGGACGACUUCUACAUCAAGGGCUUCUACUGCGCUGAGUGCCGAGCGGGCUGGUACGGCGGAGACUGCAUGCGAUGUGGCCAGGUUCUUCGAGCCCCAAAGGGUCAGAUUUUGUUGGAGAGUUACCCCCUGAAUGCUCGCUGUGAAUGGACCAUUCAUGCCAAACCUGGGUUUAUCAUCCAACUGAGGUUUGUCAUGCUGAGUCUGGAGUUUGACUACAUGUGCCAGUAUGACUACGUGGAGAUCCGCAAUGGAGACAACAGUGACAGUCCCAUUAUCAAGCGUCUCUGUGGCAAUGAGCGGCCAGCCCCUAUCCGGAGCACGGGCUCUGCACUCCAUGUCCUCUUCCACUCUGAUGGCUCCAAGAACUUUGAUGGCUUCCAUGCCAUUUAUGAGGAGAUCACAGCCUGUUCAUCGUCCCCUUGUUUGCAUGAUGGCACUUGCCUCCUGGAUGCAAGUGGAUCUUAUAAAUGUGCCUGCCUGGCAGGCUUUACUGGUCAGCGCUGUGAAAAUUUUCUGGAGUCUGGGAACCCCAGGAUCAAGGCGCUGGAAGAAUCGUUGUCUGUUCUGGAAGAAAGAAACUGUUCAGACCUUGGGGGCCCAGUCAACGGAUACAAGAAAAUAACUGAAGGCCCUGGGCUUCUCAGUGGGCAACAUGCGAAAGUUGGCACCGUUGUUUCAUUCUUUUGUAACAACUCCUAUGUUCUUAGUGGCAACGAGAAAAGAACUUGCCAGGAAAAUGGAGAGUGGUCAGGGAAACAGCCUAUUUGCAUAAAAGCCUGCCGGGAACCAAAGAUCUCAGACCUUGUGAGAAGGAGGGUUCUUCCGAUGCAGGUUCAGUCAAGGGAAACACCAUUACAUCAACUCUACUCAACAACCUUCCGCAAGCAGAAACUGCAAGACGCCCCUACCAAGAAGCCAGCCCUCCCGUUUGGGGACUUGCCCGCUGGGCAUCACCACCUGCACACCCAGCUCCAGUAUGAGUGCCUUUCACCCUUCUACCGUCGCCUGGGCAGCAGCCGCAGGACGUGUCUGAGGACUGGGAAGUGGAGCGGGCGGGCACCGACUUGCGUCCCUAUCUGUGGGAAAACUGAGAACAUCACUUCUCCAAAGACCCUAGGGAGCCAUUGGCCGUGGCAGGCUGCCAUCUAUAGGAGGACCAGUGGGGUGCAGGAGGGCAGCCUGCACAAGGGCGCCUGGUUCCUGAUCUGCAGCGGUGCCCUGGUGAACGAGCGCACUGUGGUGGUGGCUGCACACUGUGUGACUGACCUGGGGAAGGUUAACAUCAUCAAGACUGCAGACCUCAAAGUCGUCUUGGGAAAAUUCUACCGGGAUGAUGACCGGGAUGAGAAGACCAUACAGAGCUUACGGAUUUCUGCCAUCAUUCUGCAUCCUAACUAUGAUCCCAUACUGCUUGACGCUGAUAUUGCCAUCCUGAAGCUCCUGGACAAGGCCCGCAUGAGCACCCGCGUCCAGCCGGUCUGCCUUGCUGCCACCCGGGACCUUAGCAUCUCCUUCCAGGAGUCCCACAUCACUGUGGCUGGCUGGAACAUCCUGGCAGACGAGAGGAGCCCUGGUUUCAAGAAUGACAGCCUGCACUCAGGGACGGUGAGGGUGGUGGACUCGCUGCAGUGUGAAGAGCAGCACGAAGAGCACGGCAUCCCAGUGAGCAUCACUGACAACAUGUUCUGCGCCAGCCAGGACCCCAGCACCCCUUCCAAUAUCUGCACUGCGGAGACAGGGGGCAUCGCAGCUGUGUCCUUCCCGGGAAGAGCAUCCCCUGAGCCACGCUGGCACCUGGUGGGGCUGGUCAGCUGGAGCUAUGACAAAACGUGCAGCCACAGCAUCUCCACAGCCUUCACCAAGGUGCUGCCUUUUAAAGACUGGAUUGAGAGAAACAUGAAGUGAGGCACUGCAGGUCCACCAGGAAGCUUCCUUGUGCAGUCAUCCGCACAGAUGCCGCACGAUGCAGCGUAAGCCUCCCGUGUAAUUUUGCUCGUGAACUUGACUAUGCCAGGGCUUAUGGUUUCAGUGGAGGGUGAGUAUGUUCAGUUUUUGGUUGGCCGCUGUCUUCCUGACUGCUUGUGGAAGAUACCAGAAUCGAGCUUCUUCACAGAAGACCGUAUGAACACACCAUCAAACCUCCUCAUUCAACUGACCUGGUGGCCUUUCCAGUCACUCAGAAAUGCAACUAUCUGGUCCAGCUGUGGUUUGGAGAUGCUUGAUCUGGGGGCACUGUAGGCUUCAAGGGGCCUCUUUGGAGGCUCCAGCCAAUCCAAGUUUCAAACAGCUACCAGGAGGACAUUCCAAGGCAAUGGAGCUUGGACGGCACAUGCUUUUGUGUAUAUUGCUACAGCACAGUCUGGGGCAUUUCCUUUCCAACUUCUUUGUACACAUUUUAAUAAAACAAGGGUUGACUUCUUA